UUGAAGAAUUUGAGAUAACUGAGAAAGAAGUUGCGAGCCGUCGUUCGUCUUAACUUGUUUUUAUAAUAAUUCUAAACUGGCAUGUGACAUGACGUCUAGUGUGCUAUAACUUAUAAUAAUAUAAUAAUAUAAUAUAUAAUUUAAUAUAUGUGGUUUACCUAAUGAAUAUUCUUACAGUAUCUAUUCUUCUAGUAUCACAUACAAUUAUCAUUUUCGAUACCUAACGCAUAAGCUAUUAAUUUAAAUGAUUCCGAUAAGUUUUGAAUACUGGAAUACAGUAUCCGUGUAUUACCUAAUAAAUUAUUAAAUAGUAUCACAACAAUAAUUUUACUGUUAUUUCAUUACAUAUGUUAGUCAAUUUGUUUCUGUCAAAUAACUUAACAUGGAACACUUUGUAUACACAAUUAAUUGUGACGUUGAAAUGCCUCUAGAAGUACAAUUGAACUAAAAUAUGUACCUUUUAUCAGAAUAUUUAGUAAUCGCUAAAUAAGUGAAGUUAAACUUAGUUAUUCAAAGUUAGAAGAUUCAACAUGUCAAGUUUAACCGACGAACAGCGUAAAAUGAUUGAAACGAAUAAAAAAGCUGCACAAGCAAAAUUAGCAGCAAAAUUGGCACUUAGAAGUAUACCUCAGCAAGCUAUGAGUAAUAGUAAUCAAUGCACAUUAUCAAAAACUGGAGUAGUUGUAUUGCCAUCACCUAAUGGAAAAUCUAUCCGUAUAAAUUAUAAUAAUAUUUCACAAAAUUCUAAAUCUAAACCUGUUCAUGGUACUUGUGAAAUUAUAUCUAAAGAACGGUUUACUGUACAUGUUACCUAUCAUCAACAAUUAAUCGAUACAUUUAAAACAAUAUUAAGUAGAAAUUAUGAUUCAAAAACAUCAGAAUGGUCAUUCCUUAUAAAAGACCAUGAUCAACUUAUGAUAAGUAUAAAAUCUCUUGAGCCUCAUGUCAAAAUAGAAAAAUUACCUAACUUUGUUUUAAAAUUGUUUAAAACUAAAGAAGGUGUUGAAACACAUUGGUCAAAAACUGACAUAAGUAGUAUUGGUGAUGAUAUGCUUGAUAAUCUUUAUCCAUUUCAAAAGCUUGGAGUCCAGUUUGGAAUAUCCAAAAAAGGUCGAUGUAUUAUUGCAGAUGAUAUGGGCUUAGGAAAGACCAUACAAGCUAUAGGGAUUGUAAAAUAUUACUUAGAUAAUUUUCCUUUACUCAUUGUUUGUCCUUCAAGUAUGAGGUACACGUGGGAAGAGGAAAUCCGUUUAAGAAUGCCAAAUGUUCCUGUAACUGGGAUUUGUGUAUUAUCCAAGAUUAAUGAACAAUUUAUUGAUCCAGCUGUUGUUAUUACUUCAUACGAUUUGAUGACCAAAAAAAAAGAUAUGCUUUUAAAAUUAAAAUUUGGGAUUAUUGUAUUUGACGAAAGCCACAGUUUAAAAAGUGAUAAAUCAGCCCGGACAAAAGUAGCACUUUCUUUAGCAAUGCAAAGUAAGCAGUGUAUAUUGUUAAGUGGUACUCCUGCUUUGUCAAGACCAAUUGAACUUUAUAGUCAGAUUAAAGCAAUAACACGAAAUAACUUUCUGACUCCAAUCGAGUAUGGUGUUCGUUACUGCAAUGGACAAGAAACAAAUUAUGGUUGGGACUUUACAGGCGCUAGUAAUAUGAAAGAGUUAAAAAUUGUUCUAGAAACACAUUAUAUGAUUCGUCGUUUAAAAAGUGAAGUAUUAAAGCAGUUACCACAAAAAAUUAGGAAUGUAGUAGUCUUGAAACCAGAAAAUAUCAAAGCUCGAAGUCAAAACAUGGAUGAUUUAGAAGUUAUGAUGACAAAUAAAUCCCUCAAGAAAAUGGAAGUUCGUGGUGCUUUAUUAAAAUAUUUUAAUCAUACUGGAGAAGCAAAAUUGCCUGCUAUUUGUGAUUAUAUUCUGAAUUUGCUUAAAGAAGGAAAAAAAUUUUUAGUAUUUGCUCAUCAUCAAAAAGUUAUUAAUGGUAUAUGUGAUGUCCUAGAGAACAAUGAAACUUAUUAUAUUCGAAUUGAUGGUAAAACAUCAUCAGAAGAAAGAAAAAGCGUGUGUGACCAAUUCCAAAGUGAAGAUAUGUAUAGAGUAGCUGUUCUUUCAAUUUGUGCAGCUAAUUCUGGUAUUACAUUAACUGCAGCAAAGCUUGUUAUAUUUGCUGAACUUUACUGGAAUCCCGGUAUUUUAACACAAGCUGAAGAUCGUGCUCAUCGUAUUGGUCAAGCAGAAGCAGUGACUAUACAAUAUCUUUUAGCAAAAGGUACGGCAGAUGAUCAUAUUUGGCCAUUGAUUCAGUCCAAAUUAAUUGUUUUAAAUAAAGCCGGUCUCAGUAAAGAUAAUUUUAAAGAUGAUAGUACUACAGUUAUUAAUUGUUCAACUAAAUCAAUUCAAAUGAACAUUCUCGAUUUCUUAAAUGACGAUGAUGCUGAACUAGAUGAAAAUGAUUUGAAAUUUUUGGAUGAAAUUGAAGAAUCUCAAUGCAAACGUCCACGCAAAUGUUAAUUUUUUUAUUUUUAUAUAUCAUCACAUUUUUGUAUCAAAGUGAAUAAAGAAUUAGUUAUAAUAUAUCACUAAAUGUUGAAUAUAUACUUAUGUAUACAAUUAAUGUACUUACCUAGUGAAUAAAAAUAAUUUUGGUUUA